UAUAAAAAAAAUAUAUAUAUAUAUACAGAAAAGAAUAAAAUGUUGGGUGUUAAUGGCAUCAUCGCUUCCAUUCUCUUCCUGGCUUUUGUGGUGGCUGCCGGUGGCGGGUCGUCUGCCCCGAGUGAUACCCAGGAGACCUGCGACGCGAAGAGCCAGGAGAGCGACGGUGGUCCCAAGAUUCAGAUUAAGACACGCGAGGCGAUUUCGUUGGACGGAAUAGCCGAGGCGAUUUCUAAGUCGGGGCAUUUGAGGGAGUCGGUGAAAGCCAUUUGCGCCUCAACGGAUUUCAAGAAUCUGUGCGCGAAGAGCCUGGCGGAAGCCAAGAACUCUAACGACCCCAAGGAUCUUGUCAAGGCGGCGUUCACGGUGGCGUGGGAGAACAUCACCGACGCCAUCGGCAAGUCCGCGCUUCUCAGGAGGGCGGCGAAGGAUCCCAGAACCAACCAGGCACUCGACAUCUGCAAGGAGGUGCUGGACCACUCCAUCGACGAUCUCAAGAGGUCUUUUGGGGUGGUGGAAGGAUCUAAGACCAUCAACACCGAACACAGUAACGACCUCAAGGUGUGGCUCAGCGCCGCCAUCACGUUCGAGAACACCUGCCUGGAUGCCUUCGAGAACACCACCGGUUCCACCGGCGAGAAAAUGAAGGUCCUCCUUAAAACCUCCAUAGAGCUCACCAGCAACGCCCUGGCUAUGGUCACCCAGCUCUCCGAGCUCAUCAAGACCUUGGAAAUCCCCGGUUUUAGUCGGAGAUUGUUAGAUGACUCCAAACCGGUAAAUGCGAGUGGAAAACCAGUAAACUCCACUGAUGAAGAAUUUCCUCAAUUCGUUGACGCUUCCACCCGCCGCCUCCUCGCGGCUCCCCCCGUUAAACCCGACAUCGUGGUUGCCAAGGACGGGAGUGGGAAAUUUAAAACCAUCUCGGCCGCUCUCGCCUCCAUCCCGCCUAUAAACAACAAAACUACUAUCAUCCUCGUCAAGGCCGGCGUGUACGCCGAAUACGUGACUGUUCCCAGGAAGAUGAACAACAUUGUUUUAAUGGGGGAGGACCCGACCAAAACCGUGAUCACCGGGAACAAGAAUAACAUAGAUGGGGUAGCCACUUAUAAGAGCGCGACCCUGACGGUGGAAGGGGACGGUUUCGUCGGCCGGGACCUCACAAUCGAGAACAAAGCCGGCGCGGCCAAGCACCAAGCGGUGGCCCUCCGGGUCUCAGCGGACAUGGUCGCGAUCCACAACUGCCACAUCGAGGCCUUCCAAGACACCCUCUACACCCACUCCUACCGCCAAUUCUACCGCGACUGCACCAUCUCCGGCACCAUCGACUUCAUCUUCGGGGACGGGUCCGCCGUCCUCCAGGGGUGCAAGAUGGUGGUGAGGAAGCCAGAGGCGAACCAGGCAUGCAUGGUGACGGCGCAAGGGAGAAAGGACCGGCGGGGAGUGAGCGGGAUCGUGAUCCAAGCCAGCCAGAUCAUCCCCGACCCGGCCCUCAAGACCGCCCAGCCACCCGUCAAAGUGUUCCUCGGGAGGCCAUGGAAGGAGUUCUCCAGGACAAUCAUCAUGAGCACUUUCAUUGACGGGAUCGUCGUCCCAGAAGGUUGGUCGCCAUGGAUGGGCACCGCCGGACUGGAUACGUGCUGGUACGCAGAGUAUCAAAACCGCGGCCCAGGAGCUUCACUGGUUAAAAGGGUUAACUGGAAGGGUUACAAGAGGAACAUUUCUCCAGAGAUUGCGAAGGAGUUCACUGCUGGAGUGUUCAUUGAGCUUGAUACAUGGAUCAAGCGCGCUGGUAUCCCCUACGCAUCUGGAUUUAUGAAUUAAGAUCAUAUUAAUUUAAUUCCUACUAAGUACGUAAACGUACUUAUAAAUAAAUAAAGUUUAAUUUUAUUAGUCCGUUGUAAUAUUGCCGGUAGGGUACGGUUACGCCAAUUUUGUUUUGUUCCUAGCUCUCAUCAUUGUGUUUUUUUUUGGGAAAAUGGCACUUUUUCCCUUGAGUUACG